AAAAUGAAAAAGAUGAUCUAAUAAAUAACCAGAUAAUGAAUCAACCCUUGAGUAAAAUUGAAAAAAUUACAGAUUGGAAAAAUUAUUCACCGAUAGACAAAAUGCAGGCUAUCACUCAUAGGACAAGUACAAUUAAAAAAAAACUAGAAAGAAUUACGGAAGAUAAGAAAAGGGUCACUCUAGAACUUGAUAUGAACCCUUACAAAAAAAGUUCGAGAUUAGCCUUGUCAAAAAAUUUUUGUCAAAUGUUGAAAAAAAAAAAAAAAUAGAUUAAUAUAUAAAUUUAAUUAUUUUAUAAAAUUAUUUAUUCAAAGAAUAUCUAAUUGUAUUUUUUUAUAUACUAUAUCUAUUUGCCAAAUGACUCAAAAAGUCUUUGUGGAAUCAACAAAAAUGAACUCUCUUUCAAAUUCAAAUAUAAAAACGCAUAAUAAUAAGCUUUAUAAGGAAAAUUCAGAGAGUUUUGGUGAUUUAUCCAACUUGUCACAAGCAUAUGUAUUGUACAAAAUAUCAGAAAGGGGUUUUUUUGAACGUACGUAAUUUCAUAUCUGUUCUUCAACAAAAUGGAACAUCUUUCUUGAUUAAAAAGAAAAUAAAAGACUCAUUUCAUACACAAGGAAUACUUCCAUCUGAAGGAAUAAAAAAACAACUUAAGCGGCCUAGAACGAGUCAAUGGAAAUUUUGGUUAAAAGGGAAUUCUCACUACGAUUUAUCUCCUAAUUUCUGGUCUGCCUUAAGAUCACAAAAACAAAAAUGGAGAAAUAGGGCGAAUCGCUAUCGUAGGUCUAAACAAAAAUAUUUAGACAAAAGGACUUCCGGUAAAAAAUUAAAAUUAAAUACUUACAGGAAACAAAAGGAUGCUAACUCAGUCUUGAAUAAAAAAACAAAAGAUAAUUUAAAAAAAUGCUAUCGAUAUGAUCUUUUAGCAUAUCAAUACAUUCAGUAUGAAAAAAAUAGUGGAACCCCUCCAGGAGCUAAACGGGAAGCAAUUUCUUAUCAUUACAAGAUGUCACAAAACAACUUGUUUGCGAUAACGAAAAAUAUUCCUAUCACUAGUUUCAGAGGAAAAAUAGAAAGGUUAAAUAUUCCAUAUCCAAAAAAAGAUGUCGAUAGAAAAUAUUUGAAUUGGAAAAAUAUUGAUUUUUCUCUUAAAAAAAAAAGCGAAUAUUGAGUCCUGGAUCACGGGGUAAUUAUAACAAUACUCAAAAUACUCCAAUUUUCACUUACAAUUAUCAAUUAAUUGAUAAAAUGGAAGAAAUUUUGAAAAUUGAGCAAAUUUUUAAAAACGAAAAAGAUCCUUUUGCUCUUUUGAUUCAGAAAAAUACCGAAAUGAAUCGACUCCAUUCUAGAAAUUCUUUAUUGGAUUGGAUGGGACUGAAUGAAGAAAUACUCGACCGUCCAUUAACGGCUGAGGAACUUUUGGUUUUCCCAGAAUUUGUGUGGUUUGUUAAUUUAUAUAAACUGAAACCAUGGAUUAUACCAAGCGAAUCACUUAUUUCAAAUUUGAAUCUUAAUGAAAUGACAAGUCAAAAGACCGGUAAAACUCAGAAAGAUAAAAAAGAUAAAACUGAGAGUAAAAAAAAAGAUAAAGCCGAGGGUCAAACCAAAAGUGAACCUGAGGGUCAAACCAAAGGUGAAACUCAGGGUGAAACCAAAGGUAAACCUGAAGGUGAAACCAAAGGUAAACCUGAAGGUGAAACCAAAGGUAAACCUGAAGGUGAAACCAAAGGCGAAACUGAAGGUGAAACUGAAGGUGAAAAGAAAAGUCAAACUGAGAUAGAACUAGAGUUAUUCAUGAAAAACUAUUUAUUUUUUUCAAUUUAGAGAGGAUUUUACUUUAAAUCAAGGCCUUUUCCAAGAUCUCCAAAUCUAUUGUCUCUUGCUUAGAAUGAU